CGCUCCCGGCAGUGAGUUGGAGGCCGCGGGCGGCGGCAGGAGCCGGGGAUCGCGGCGUUUGAGUGACUGCGGUCUAUCGAUAGAAACUCGGCCUAAAGACCGGCUGGAGACCCGGGGGGAGUGCAGACAGCUCGUGAACUUCUCUAUGGGAAUUUUAGGGAGGUUUCUAAAUCCGAUUUGAAGAGAAUUCUGAAUGCAGUGCAGGACAAGAUGGCUGCUCACAUCUUUCACCAUGUGUCCAAGUCUUGUCCAACAUUAGUGGAUUCAAUCUGCCAUCGGCGUUUCCACAAGGGUUUUUCUUAAAGCUCAGUCUCCCAGCCUCGGUUGAAUCGCAGGCUAACUUCCAGAAACCAUGUCAGAGUCGCAAGAGAAUGACAAGCCAGAGAAAGAUAAGCGGGCUGUGAGGCCAAAGGUCAGACGAGGCGAUCCAGACGAUCAGAGGGGAAGCCGGAGCAAAAAGAAGAACAGAAAUUCCCACAAGUCUGAUCCUUCCGCUCGCUCCUCGGACUGUGGACUGCAGGAGGAGGAUGUCAGGAGUCAGGGCAGGAAACCAGAGAGACAGAGUCCGGAUCGGACCCGAGAGGAUUCCCGUGACUUGGGAGCAUGCAAACUGCACAGCAGAUCCUUGAGGCAGCGGAUUCAGGAUGUGGUGGGUCAGUGCUUCCCCAUUAAAUCCCACAGCCUCCAUUCUGCCAUCUUAUCCUCCUCCAAAAGGAAGAUUCAUAUCAGUGAACUGAUGCUCGAUAAAUGCCCAUUCCCCGCUGGCACGGAUUUGGCACAGAAAUGGUACCUAAUCAAACAGCACACCGCCCCUGUCUCUCAGAGCUUGCCAAUGCUGGACACUGCAUCCUCUGGCGGGACACCUGUGGAGGAUGAAGAUGACCGUCUGCGGGAGAGAAGGCGGAUUAGCAUCGAGCAGGGAGUUGAGCCUCCUCCCCAUGCACAGAUUCACACCUUUGAGGUAACAGCACAGAUCAACCCCUUGUACAAACUAGGACCCAAACUGGCGCCAGGAAUGAAUGAGCUAGCUGGGGACGACCGAGCCACCCUCCAGGUACAAGAGAGUGCUUCGGUUGAAGAGUUGCCCCCUCCCCAACUGCCCCCAGAGCAGGUGGAGAUCAAAGAUGGUUAUCGCGCCCACACUCAGAUUGACUACAUCCACUGCCUGGUUCCCGACCUCUUAGAGUUGACGACGUUCCCCUGCUAUUGGGGAGUGAUGGACCGAUACCAAGCUGAGGCUCUGCUGGAGGGUAAACCAGAGGGAGCCUUCCUGCUGCGUGAUUCUGCCCAGGAGGAUUACCUCUUCUCUGUCAGCUUCCGCCGAUACAGCCGCUCCCUGCACGCACGCAUCGAGCAGUGGAAUCACAACUUCAGCUUCGAUGUCCACGACCCCAGUGUUUUCCACGCUCCCACUGUCACUGGCCUCCUUGAGCACUACAAGGAUCCAAACUCUUGCAUGUUUUUCGAACCUCUGCUCUCCAACCCCAUCAACAGGACUUUCCCAUUCAGUCUCCAGCACAUCUGCAGGGCAGCCAUUUCCAGCUGCUCCACUUAUGACGGGAUCGACCUGCUCCCGAUUCCCAACACCCUAAAGGAAUACCUGAAGGAAUAUCAUUACAAACAGAAGGUGCGAGUACGGAGACUCGACACCAGGUGAAAUAACAGAAUUUGAACUGUAAAUCAACUUCCUUCCAACUCCCAAGCUGGGGGGAAUCAACUUUAAAUAAUAACUCUCUUUAUUUCACUAUUUAUUUAAAGGCUGCAGAAUCCACAGUCUUUGGAUUUUUUUUUCUUUGUGCUAAUUUUAUGUUCGUCAAAGCACCAAAGUAUUGCGGCAUAACGCCCUGUGAUGUACAAUGUAAAGUUCGUUUGACACUGUCCCGUUAACACAUCUCACCACCCUGUUGUCCCCAAACCUCUCAAUCUCCUGCCCCAAUAGGAUAGCUUAUCUACUUCCUACACCAGGUAUCCUGUGUGUGAUUGCUCCCUCAAUAGCAAAUGAUUACCCAGUUGAGAAUGACUUGUAAGUUCAGGAUUUUCCAUCUGUCAUUCAGACUGGAUUGAAACACAAGACUCAGAGGUGAAAGCCCAGUGUUGUCCUAUUCCUUUUCCCCCCUCACACCCCCAAUUCAAUUGGUAAUCCAAACCUUCCAGUUUAUAACUUUAAUGUACACACUUAAACAGAAGCUAGAAAUCAGUGUGGGGACCACUACAGACAGCUGCUUUGUUAAAGAUUUAAUUGCUGCACUGACUGAGUGUAAAUAUGGACCACAUUAUUUGUGGGUAAUUAAGUGAUGUUGUUUUCAGAGAUUCCAUCUCCAUCUGUUGACUGUGUUUCCUGUACCAUGAAGUGUAUGGCCUGUCAGAUUACACUGUGCACUGCUAUUGAUCAGAAUGCAAUCUUCACCUGGCACGUGAUUAAUGCAAUGUCUGUCAUUAAAUCCUGGAACGUGA